AGUUGCCACAUCCCUCAGUCGAUUUCCUGCUCCUCGCCUCGCCUCGCCUCGCCUCGUCGACUUCCGGUGCCUUCGCGGAAAUAGCUUGAUCAAAGAGCGGCUACUUCCGCCUUGUAGCUGCUUUUCCUGACACAUCAAAAUGACGGCCACCUUGCGGCCCUACUUGAACGCGGUUCGAGCCACCCUGCAGGCCGCCUUGUGCCUGGAGAACUUCUCCUCCCAGGUGGUGGAGAGACACAACAAGCCCGAGGUGGAAGUACGGAGUAGCAAAGAACUUCUCCUUCAGCCCGUCGUCAUCAGCCGCAACGACAAGGAGAAAGUCCUCAUCGAGGGCUCCAUCAACUCGGUCAGAGUCAGCAUCGCCGUCAAGCAGGCCGACGAGAUUGAGAAGAUCCUGUGUCACAAAUUCAUGCGCUUCAUGAUGAUGAGGGCGGAGAACUUCUUCAUCCUCAGGAGGAAACCGGUGGAGGGUUACGACAUCAGCUUCCUGAUCACCAACUUCCACACGGAGCAGAUGUAUAAGCACAAGCUGGUGGACUUCGUCAUUCACUUCAUGGAGGAGAUCGACAAGGAGAUCAGCGAGAUGAAACUGUCCGUCAACGCCAGAGCUCGCAUCGUCGCUGAGGAGUUCCUCAAAAAUUUCUGAGACAAAAAGAAAACAUUCCCACCAGUGUGGCCCGAGAGAAGAAAGGCAUCAGCUAAGAGAUGACAAAUAUAAAUAAUGUACAAAUGUACGUACUGUGCUUCGUACAUUUCCAAUCCAUGUAGACGAGCACAGACUGGCUUUGUUUUCCCCCUGAUGAUUGAAAGUGUUUGUUUUUUAAUAUAUAUUUUAUUGUGCUAUGCUUUUUGUUAUGACCACGAGGCAAUCAAUUGGUGCAUGCUGUUUUAUUACAGAGUCCAACCUAUUGUAGAUUGAAAUCAUCCAAAAUAAUAAAUAUACUCGCCGGUAGGGAAGAUUAGAAAUGUUGUUUGUGAGUUCAAGGGGAAAGGGAACAGCACAUGCCUCACUCUUCUGAGGGUCAGGGUUCAAAUCUCAGUUUGAGCUUUCUCAUAGCUGAAGACUCUAAAAAUUGUCCAUUAGGGUGGUGCCCAAUCUGUGCGUCACCUCAGCUGGUAUCCCUUCCAGCUCACCUAUGACUCGUGAACAAAAAUGGAAGGCGAGAAAGACAGUGGCAACCAAGCAGAGAAACUUUAUUGACAUUUGUACAACUGAAAAGGAGCAGCAAGGCAAAGUACACUUUUCACAACAGUUGUGUACAUAAACCAAUAUAGAAUCGAUUAAAACACGUAAAACGUACAUAGAUUACUAUAAUAAUCAUUUGACAGAUGUGACUGAAUGCAAACAAUUAUUUGGAGGAUGCACAUUGGGGAUGGACACUCGUGAUAGCAAUUGUGUGGAACUGAUGUAUGAACGAUGAUUUGAAACAAAAUCGAGUGCACUUGGCUCCCCCAAAAGAAAUUUCUCAUCAAACGCCCAGCCUUCAUGAACACACCGCAGUUCUUUUUUUUAUGUCCAUUGUAGUCGGCCCAUAAAAA